UCCCCUCCUCUGUUUAUAGUAUUUGUAUAUCUUUUUUAAUACUUUCUGUUAUAUUUUGUACAUACCUAUUGCUUUUUGAAAAAUUCUUUCUAUAUUCUUCUGUCCACUUCGCUGCUGUAACGCCCGAAUGUCCCCAUUGUGGGACAAAUAAAGGUGUAUCUUAUCUUAUCUUAUUAUUUGAUUGUGGAACUGGUAAGUACAGGUAAAACAUGAUCCUUUAUCCAUUUUAUAAAUAAAGUUUAUAACAUGUAAAUUGGAUUUUAAUUACCCAGUGUGGAUUAUAGUAUGUGUGUGUUUUACAGUUUAACAUCUAAAAACUAUUAUUUUUAAAAGACUAAUAUAACAUGAGUUCCUUUGUAUUCAAUCUGAUUGCUGUGCAAAAUAAAAUGUGCAAGACAGACUAUUGCCAUUACAAAUUAAACGGACACCAAAAAUAAAUAAAAGUGUUUACAGAGAAUGCCACUCCAACAGCUUGCAUUAGUUGCCUUAACUGCCUUUUUUGGCAGAGUCGAGUAUAUUCCUACAGUACAUGAACGCAGCAGCAAGAUGUGUGUCAAAUGUUUUUUUUGUGCUAGAUUAAACCCCUUAAUGUUCUCAUUGAGAUUAGAUUCAUGUUCCAUCUGUGUAAACUAUAUUUACAACCAUUUAACUGCUGGGUAUUCUUUUUUCUCUUUUUUUUUACCAAUCCAGUUAAAGUUAUUUCAUCAUGUCACUGUGUCUAUGGGCUACUUUGAACACACAAAGAUAUUCUGAAUAUUAUAAAGGGAAUAUACAGUCUCAAAGAUCAGCAUGCUUGCUUUGUCCUUUGCUGUGAUGGAUCCCUCGGUCGCCUGUAGGGGGAGCUCCAAUAUAAUGUUUUGGAAAACUGGGAUUCAUUCAUGUUGAGCAUGUUUUGAGAGUAAUGUGUUUUAAAAGAUUUGCCUAAAUGCAUAUUUUGUUAAAGCUGGUUUGAGGCAUUACAGAAGUUAAGGUUCAGUCUGUCCUGCAGAUUUGUGGACACGUUGCCUCUGGUCCUUUCAUUAUUGUUUAAGAUUAAACAUACAACAAAAAAGUGUGGAGAGGGAGGGGGGCUACAUGAUUAUCAAUUUAACAGGAAUUAUUAUUUUCUUUUUCAAAUGACCCACAUAUGCUAUGGUGGGCCCAAACUAAACACCCUCAAUUAUUAUUAUCAUUGAAUGAGCAUAUACCAGAAGGAGAAUAUUUGAAAAUAUGUUUUAAUGUUUGCAGCUUAAUUUGGACUCGCACGCCCCCUUGUUCUCCAUCAACCAAUUAGUGUUGUCGGGAGGCGAGCGUAUAAAUCUCAGCAGGUAGAACUCGGACCGGUUUCACGGCUCCAGGAUGGAGGGGUUCCUGUCCACGGUGCCACCGUACGGCGUCUGCGCUCCCCCCGCCCGGGGCACCGGCUGCCGGGGCAAGCGGGACGGCCGCUUCAUGACCCCCCAGGGCCUGAACUACCUGGAGCUCUGCAGGGCCUUCCUGGCCCAGGUCCACCCGGGCGCGGCCCCCGCGCACAGGAGGGCGAGCACCAGGGAGUGCGGCGUGCAGGUGAACGCCAAGGUGGACAAAGUGGUCCAGUGCUCGCUGGGUCCCAAGACGCUGCUCGGCCCGGAUGAGGGCGACCGGCCCGAGGGCCCGCACCCGACCGGGCCGGGCGGGAGGUCGCCGGCGGGCGGCGUGCGCUUCCCGAGGCCCGUCUCCAUCUACUCGCCGGUGUUCGACCGCAGGGUCUUUGUGAAGAAACUCUGCUACGACGAGCACCGGGACCACGACGACGGCGGCGGCGGGAGUGAAGGAGAAGCUGAGCAGGUCGAGUCUGACAAGGAUGCUGAGGCGGAUCACAGCAGCGAGGACACAGGGAAGGACCCCAAGACAACUUCCCGUCAGCCCUCAGGGGGUCCCAACUUUCAGUUCCUGGAGCAGCGGUACGGCUUUUUCCACUGCAAAAAGUGCAACAUCCGGUGGGAGAGUGCUUAUGUCUGGUGCAUCUCUGGAACCAGUAAGAGAAUUGUCCGUCUCGCCAGGUGUACUACAAGCAGCUCUGCCGGAAGUGCCAGGUGGGGUUUAACCCCUACAGAGUGGAGGCCAUCCUCUGCAAGGGUUGCUCUGAGACCUGCUGCAGCUGCGAGAGGAAGCAGAGGCACAUCAACAUGAAGAGGCCUCACCGCCAGGACCUGUGUUGUCGCUGCAAGGGCAUGCGGCUGUCCUGCGACGCCACCUACAGCUUCAAAUACAUCGUCUGAGCUCCGCCAGGGGGAGUCGCCCACCCCUCACGUGGAUCUGACGGAGUUAUUUUUGUCAACCGACGGUGGAAGAUGACUCCAGUAAACAGACUUUAAAGAGAUUUACUUGUUCUCAAACCAGCAAGCAGAUGAAUCUCUGGUUUGUUUCGAAGAAAAGAAAUCUCCAAAGGGCCGUCGUUGUUUCCCUCCAUUUAUCCUGCUGUGUAACUUGACGUGAAAAACAUUUGUUUUUUGGAAAAAAGAUUAAAAAAAAAAGAUAAUGAAAUGAACAUUGCGCCUCACGUGUGAAAUGUUUGUAGAUUAAAAUUGAAUUUGCACGAAUUCAUUGAAGACCUUGAUGUGUUUUAAUAUAGCAUUUAUAGCUUUAGCAGCUCAGUUUUGUUUGACUCGAACAGGUAAGCUCAUCCUAACAAACAGAUCAAAUGCUGAAUGAUCUUGGGUAGUGUGAAUGAAAGGCAGAGAGCUCAGUGCUGUGACUAAACGAAACUUCAGUUUUAACAAAGCCAUUCAGUAUAAUUUG